CUCGAACACAAAAUAAAACGAGGAUCUACGCGGCCGCAGUGAUCUGUAGAGCGAUUUGUGACUCAAAAUGCAGAAUCAAGAAAAGGCACUGGAAAAUUCUCUGGAAGCCUUAACGAACCGAGUGCAGGACUUGAAGGCUUCCCUGAUUGCCUUCCUGGAGAAAUUGGAGCGUGAACAUGCGACACUCUCAUGGCCUUCUGUGCUGAACAACUUCGCGCUUCUGUCGGGUCAGAUCAACAUGUUGAACAAAGUUCUGAAGAGCGACAAGACACCAGCUUUAAGGAACCUGGUUCUCCUUCCCCUGAAGCUGUCUCAGGAUAGAGAUGAAGAACUGGAGAAAAUGACGGAGGGUCGAGUACCAGCGUUCAACCAUGAGGUAGUUCCCAACUACCUACGCACCAAGGCAGAGCCCGAGGUUGAGGAGAGGGAACUGCAACUGAAGCAGAAGGCUGCGACGAUCACCCCGGAGCAAGCACAGCAGAAGCAGAUCAACAGCAUGAACAAGCUGGUGAACCGACUCCUGGACAUGGUGAACAACGCUAAGGAUGACUGGGAAGGUGACAACACAGCCAUGAGGCUGGCCAACCUAGGCAACUCCAACCCCGCCGACACAGCGACCCUCAUCGGAGCCGUCACCACCGGCAGGAACCUGAAACCCAUCCGCCCUCCGGUCCAGGGACAGCAUAGCGUGCCUGGGCCUCCGGGGGGACCACCCCUAUCACAGCAGCAGAGACCUGAGCAGCAUGUGCCCAUGGGGAAAGCCCCAAGCACCAUCAAGACAAACAUCAAAGCCGGUUCCAGCACGCAUCCCUAUGGCCACAGAUGAAGGGAACCAAUGAAACUCUCAUUAGAUAUUCGUUGACCCUUAACCUCCCAGGGCCUUAAAAUGCACCAGGAGGUUUUGGAGGGUUUCGCAGGAUUGAAGAAAACCCAUCAAUUGCUUUGUGAAACUGAAAACACUUACAUUCGAAUUGUGUUCGCGGUACGAUCGUUCUGUGCAUACAGUGCAUUCGUCUUAAAGUAAAUAUGCAACAUUUGCAAACAUCAAGAAA